UACAACAAUAAAUGAACUGUCAAAAAUUGUUUACUAGCUAGUAAAGUUGAUAGUUUACCAUUUCAAUUUUCAAAAAACUAUAAAAAUUAAUUAAAAAAGUUAUGUCCACCAAAAGGCCAAAAUGGGUAAAAUCAGUAUUUUCCGAAGAUCUCUCAUCUUCAACAGAUUCAGAAAAUCCACCAAAGAAAACCCGUAGUUCCUCAUCUUUAUCCAAUGAAUCGACUUCUUUUAAUUUCAAAACCCCUUCAGCAAACGACAGUGCCAUUUCAAAUAAAGAAUCAAAUAAAAUUGAAUCUCUUGUUCAGUCUGCCAACUGGAUUGAAUGUUUUGAACCCAAAACAAUCGAUGAUCUUGCUGUUCAUGCAAAAAAGAUUCAAGAAGUUCAAGAUUGGAUGCAGCAUUGUGAUAUUAUGAAAAAGAAGAAAUUCCCAGCUCAAAUAUGCCUAAUUACUGGUCCAGCUGGUUCUGGCAAAACAGCAACUAUCAAAGUUCUAGCUAAAAUCAUGAGAUACCAAGUUGUUGAAUGGAUAAAUCCCAUUGACUCGGAUAAUAUAACAACACUUGGUGAUCAAGUAGACUCAUAUGCUCAAUCCCAAGUGGAAUUGUUCAAGAGUUUUCUAUUUCGAUCGUCACGUUAUAAAUCGGUUUUGGAUAGUUGUGAAAAACGAUUGAUUCUUGUAGAAGAUUUUCCCAAUUGUUUUAUUAAAGAUUCAACUGGAUUUAAUGAUGUUUUAGAAGACUAUUUGAAAUAUGGAAAAUCUGCUUUGGUAUUCGUUGUGACCGAUUCCAAAAGUAAGAAAUUGAAUAUUAGUUAUAAUCUCUUUUCGGAUGCUGUUAAGGCUCAAUUCCAUAUUAACCAUAUAAGUUUCAAUCCAGUUUCGACUACGUUAAUGAAGAAGGCUCUUAAACGAAUAUGUACUCUGAUGGGAGGUGAAAGUUUUAGAAAACUAUAUAGAGUACCAUCGGUGGAUUUGGUUGAUUCCAUUGGUAUGGCUGCACAGGGUGACAUGCGAAAUGCCCUGAUUAAUCUACAUUUCGGAUCACUCAAAGGUGCUCCAAAUCUCAAAACUGAUACUCUCAAAACAUCUUCUCAAUCGAAGACUAAAAGCAAAACUCAAAAGAAGCUCUCAUCAGUUGGUCGUGAUGAAACGAUAACAUUGAUGCAUGCUCUUGGCCGAGUUUUUAAUCCAAAAUAUAUCGAUGGAACUAAACAAUUACUACAUUCACCUGAAGACAUUGCCAGUGCAUUUUCCACUGAACCAAAGAGUUUUACCAAUUUUGUUCAUACCAAUUAUCUUGGUCAUUUUGCUGAUAUUGAAAAUGUUUUAGCUGCAUCUGAUGCAUUGAGUAUUAGUGAUAAUGUUCUUUCCGAAUACCGAGAAGAUACUCUUGGAUUGGUUGGAUUAAAUAUUGCUAUUCGUGGAGUUAUGGUUUCAAAUGAAAAACCAGUUACUGGAUGGAUGCCUGUUAGGGGUCCAAAACGAAUAGAAAUUGAAAAAUCAGCAGAGUUAAAUUCAUUAGGUCUGGAUCAAAUAAUAUCCGCCCAAUUGUUGGCGUCUGACUAUCGCAGUUACGUACGAAUAAUUCUAAAUAAAAAAUAAUUGUAAUUAAAUGUAUUUUGUUUUUAUAAUUUGUAAA